AUGCCGCUGCCCAGUAUCGGUGCUCCAGUGCAGUCGGUGGUACUUAGCGCACCCACUGGUUCUGGUAAGACUGUAGCCUUUGAGUUAGCCAUCGUGCGUAUGUUACUCGAUCAUCCACAUGACACCAACAAUGCUCAGGAGCAUUCCACUAGAGUAAUACCAGUCAAAGCGGUGUAUGUGGCACCAAUUAAGGCACUUUGUGCUGAACGAUUUAAUGAUUGGAAGUCGCGCUUCGAAAAGCUAGACAUAGACUGUGUACUCAUAACAGGCGAUAGUGAUUUGGAUGAACUGGCACGUUUACGUAGUGCUCAAGUGAUAAUCACUACACCAGAGAAAUGGGAUUCGCUAACACGUCAUUGGCGUGAUUGUCGUGAUGUUAUCGGCUCUAUACAACUUUUUCUCAUAGACGAAGUGCAUUUGUUAAACGAAGAUGUGCGUGGCCCAGUGUUAGAGGCUAUAGUUUCACGUAUGCAUACUAUUGCACGUGAUGUUUUGAAUAAACCGUUGCGUUUUGUUGUUGCUUCGGCCACUAUACCAAAUGCACAUGAUAUAACAUGCUGGAUUGCGGGUAUUGUUGACAACAGAAACUGUAAAGGCAGCGGUAACAAGAUUAAACAAGAAAAUGUCGCCGAGUUGGUUUACUCAGAUGUCGAUCGCCCUGUGCCAUUGGAGAAACAUGUGCUGGGCUUUAAUUGGAGUUUACGUGGUUUUAAAUUUGAUAUGAGUCUCAAUUAUAAGUUAAUGGACAUAUUGCGCAAAUAUUCAGAGUGUAAAGCUACUUUGAUUUUUUGCAAUAGUCGAAAAUCUGCUGAAAUGGCGGCAACCGUUUUAGAGAAAAAUAUUACCUCAUAUUUCGCACUCAGUGACCAACAGAAGACAAACCUUACACAACUCGCCCAAGUCUUGCACGACAAUAAACUGCACAAAUUGAUUGCACAUGGCAUCGCUUACCAUCAUGCCGGCAUGAGUUUUAGUGAUCGUAACAAAGUUGAGGAGAGCUUCCGUCAGGGUAACUUAAUGGUUUUGCUCUGCACCAACACUUUGGCAAUGGGUGUCAAUUUGCCCGCACGCCUUGUGGUCAUCAAGUCAACUGAGUAUUAUCACCUUGGUAAUAUGACGGAAUAUCCAGAGAGUACUUUGUUACAAAUGAUUGGACGCGCUGGACGACCACAAUACGAUACCAAAGGUGUCGCUGUCAUUUUGACGCAUAUGAGGAAUGUGGUGAGUUGA